ACUGUGCCCCAGGGGUGCCCAGGUGUCAGUGAGACAGUGGCUUGGGCAGGAGAGCAUUCAGCCCUGGGUUCCGGCCCCUUGUGAUAGUGACCCCGGGUCGGAUCGAGGCCAGGUUCCCAGCCUCUGAACCCCCGGGAUCGCUGUCAGGUUGUAGUGAUUCAGAGUCUGCUGUCUCUACUGAGCAGGCAGGAAGAGCUGCUGGUGGCGACACCAGGCCAGUACCCAGGGGGCCACACGGCUGCACCAGUCCUAGCUCUGCCGUCUCUGGGCUGGGUGACCCUGGGCUCGUCACUUCCUCUUAGAACCUGUUUUGUCAUCUGUAAGAUGGAGAUUCUCCCGUUGGCCUCCCGGCGGUAAGUGUCCUGGUGUUCUAAAGCAGCCGGCGUGGUCAAAGAAGACACUGCAGAUGGAAUUUAGAAAUAUUUCCGACGAAAUAAAAGUGAAAAUACAGCUUAUCAAGGUUUGUGGGAUGAAGCAGUGCUCAGCCCUCUGAGUUUACAGCAUUGAAUGCAGAGAUUAGGAAAGAGGGAACAUCUGCAAUCAAUAGGUUUCUACCUUAGGUGACUAGAAGAAGAAGAUCCAAUUAAGUCUAAAGCAGGACAAUAAAAAUUAGAACCAAAAUCAGUUAAAAUUGAGAAUGAAGUCAAAAGAAAAAAUCAUCCAAACCAAAAACAUUAUUUGAAGAGAUCAAUAAAAUUGAUAAGCCUCUAGCCAGUCUGACUGAAAGAGAGGGGAUACAAAUCACUAAUAGCAGCAAUGAAAAGGCCCCUCACUGCAGGUCCCAUGGAAAUUGAAAAAAUAAAGGAAUAGUGAAGGAAUAUUGUGAACAGCUUUGGGCCCACAGGUUGGGUGACCUAGAUGAGACAGACCGAUUCCUUGAAAGAAACAAGUUGCCAAAAGUCACACAAGAAGAAAUAAAUAAGCCUUUAGUUAAGGAAAUGAAGUCAAUAAUUCGUAACUUUCCCAGACAGCACCAGGCCCAGAUGCGUGUGCUGGUGAACUCUACCAGACCCUUGAAGAGGUCCUUCCCUGCCAUCUCUUCCAGAGGGCGGAGCAGAGGGAACGCUUCCUGCUAGUUCUACGAGGCCAGCGUCACCCUGACACCCAAACCAGACAUCUUCCAAGAAAACGCUAGAGACCAAUGUCUCAUGAACAUAGAUGGUAGGUGUCGUCAAAAUGUUAGCAAAUCGAACCCAACAACGUAGAAGACGAGUUGUGCACCACAAGCAGUGGGAUUCGUCCCAGGCGUGCAAGGCUGGCUCGGCAUUUGAACGUCCGUUCGUGCAAGCCGUCACAUCCACAGGCUAAUGGAGAAAAAUCCCAUGCUCGUGUCGACAGGUGCAGGAAAAGCAUUUGGUAAAACUUGUCACACCCAGUGUUCACCCCAGAGGUGAAGGCCCCACGGCCUCUGGAAAGCCUGUGCCCUUCAGAGACACCGGUGGAGGGAGAGAAACGUGUAUGGAGGGCCGGGCGACCUGUUCUGGGCAGUUCCGUGGACAGCAGCUGGUGCUGUCUUGGGCAGACUUUACAUUCAUGGUUCAGCCCUGAUGGAUUCCACCCUUCGCCUCCUUCACCGAGGGACACUGGCCAGGUCCUGGCCCCACCACUGCAGGCCGCUGCACCCCGGGAGGGUCCUGGGACCCCACUGGGUUAUAGAUGGGCUCCACCAGGCUGUUGAGAGCUGACAGAGACAUGGUGUGUCGUUCACCAAGAAGGUGGUUGACAUGUUAGCUUCUUGCUUUACUCCGUGUUCUUGACCUGCUGUGUCCCUGCGGUUGUGUGGAUUGGCCUGCUCUCCCCCACCUGCUCUGCCCACAUCCUUUCCCUGGCUUCACACAGCACCCUCCCGCUGACAAGCUCAGGACUUCUGCCCAGACUUCUGAGUCCUGAACCUGCAUGUCCACUGCCAGCGGGUCGGCUGUGUCGUGAUGGGGCAAGGACACUGCACUUGUGACAUCAUGACGCUUCGUUGCGUCCACUGCCUGUCUUGUGGGCUCCUGCAGCCAGUUUUUAAUGGGUUUCCUUCCACCCACCUUCCCUGCCUCCAGUCUGUUGUCUUUGGCUGGCAGAAUGAUCUGUCUAAACCUGGUCGUCCCUUCCCUACCUAGAAGCUGCCGUGGCUCCCCAUUGCCAGCAGGCUGCACACCAGAGCCUUUGGCGCCCAUCCGCCUGUCCAGCACAAUGUCUUGCAAAGCCCUACCUUACUCCACACCCUCUAACGUCACCAACAGGAGGCUCUAAGGGUCCCCUGGCCGUGGCUAGGUCUCAGGGCCCUCCGUCCGUUUCCGCUUGGGCAGGCGGUCUGCAGCAGGGCCCACGAGCCUGCAUUUUGACACCGCAGGAGAGUCUGGUGAUACGAAUAGCAGUUUUGGUUAGCCUUUUUGUUUGUUUGUAAUGUUUAUUUUUGAAAGAGAGAGAACAUGAGCGGGGGAGGGUCAGAGAGAGAGGGAGACACAGAGUCCGAAGCAGGCCCCGGGCUCUGAGCUGUCGGCACAGAGCCCGACAGGGGGCUCGAACUCACGAGGUGUGAGAUCAUGACCUGAGCCGAAGUCUGAGGCUCAACCGAUUGUGCCCCCAGGCGCCCCAGUUUUGGUUAGUCUUAAGAUGCCAUAUUGGAAUACACGGAUACCAAGCGUAGACUCUGAUCUGUCAGUUACUUUCUUGCAGCUGUUGUCCACAGAGCACAUCCCCCUGUUCCCUGCCUUCCGUGGCCACUGGUCACUGUCAGCCUCAUUGCUGUUGCUGGAGGUAACCCGUCUUUCCUCUCUGGCUGCUCUUAAAAUUUCUCUCCUCCGGUCUUCUGCAAUUUUACUAUCAUGUGUAGGUGAGGUUUUCUGUUAUUUGUUUGUUUGUUUUUUCUUGGGACUCCCUGGGAUUGUUGAAUCUGAAUUUUUUUCCCAUCAGUUCUGGCAGGUUCUCAGCCCCUGUCCUUUCAGACUUUCAGAUAUGGUCCUUGAUCUUGACUCCGUCUCACUAUGUCACUUACCCUAGAGCUCCAGCAAAUACCAGAUCUCACGGUUUCCUUCACACAUCCUGUGUAUUGGUUUCUCUGUGUUCCAUUCUGUCUGCUUUUUGAAAAUUUGUCAUCAUUUUAUAUAGCUUCCUGCUGUGUGCUGAUAUUUUCAAGCUUUUGCUUCUUCAAACACAGCAAGCUUAGUUGUUUUAUAGUCUGUGUCUGCGGUAACACUAGCCACUGAUCACGCACCUCCAGACGUCCUGGUCGAAACUCCCACAAGCUCGUUCAUGGCCCACAGAGUGGUGCCCUGCACGCAUUUCUCUCCUGGCAGCUCCCUCCAAGAGGUGAAAUGGGACCUGGGCCCCUUGUUCUGGUGCCUUCUGCCCAUCAGCCCAUGGCUCCUAAGGCUCCUGUAGCUUUGGGUCCAUGCCAGGCAUGCAGAUGAGAGCAUGAAAGGUCAAACAGGAGGAUUGUACAGGUGGGGCCCGGAAGGCACAUGUUAUUAUGCAUGUUCCGUGGUCCGGGCUUCAGUCAUCUGGAGUCAUGUGGCCGAGCCCAACAAUGCGGGACUUGGGAUUGUAGGAAGGCUGAGGGUGAAGGGACCAGCCAGCCGCCAUCUUCCACGAUGUUAACAGUUCCAGCACCCAAGCCUAUCCGGGUGCCUGUGGCAUAUCGCUUCUGCCUGUUCUUGGUCAUUCACUGUGCUGAUCACUGGCUCUCGAACACUUGUAUGUGGGGAUUCCUGGAGGCCGAGGAUGAAAGGGAGCUCUCCUAGGGAGGAGUUCGGUGGGGACCCCCCUCAACCCAAGUUCCCUGGUUGGACCAGGGAGCCCCACCCAGGUGAUGCGUCCCUGGCCUUGAAUCGGUGCUCUGACUUCUCAGGAAAUUUCUCGUUUUGAGACUGCGUCGCUUAGCACCAGGCCACUCUUGUCUCUCUGCAGGAUAGAGGGGCCGGCCUAAUUCAGAUUCAUUACUAAGGAGUGCAGCUCUUCACAUUUACAGCUGAAGAUGAUGUGGGUCCUCUGUGAUACACCCGACUGUGGUCAGAACUGACCCUGACUUCUGCCCUCUGAUCCCCAUGCGGCCACCCAACAGGUAUUGGCGGGUAUUGACAAAUGCCGGCUGGACAAAAGGAUGCCAGCCAAUCAGAAUGGACAUUGGCUGGUACGUCCAAUCAAAGUGCAACAGCUGACCGUCAGCAGUGUUGCUGGGCAGAUUUCUCUUCCCAGUGGGAGCAGGCUAGCUUAUCUGGGCCGCCCAUCUCACUUCAGACAAUGAGAGGUGCGGGACAGUGUACUUCCCACUCUGUGUAGGAGCACAGAAGUGCUGACCAGCCAUCCCAGAGGGGCCUUGCUCAGGGAGGGAGGGCAGAUACCCCACAGGGCAGGAGCUCUGAACCACAGUCCUCACUGGACAGAGACUGAGAUCUCUCACCAACUGUGACCCACUAACAUGCACUUACCCAGGAAGUGAAAUGUCUCCGAACGGGGGUCCACGGGGAGAAAAGCAGAGCGUGGAAGCUCUGAUCCCGCCAGGUUCUGUGGCCAUGUCCCCUGCUGCCACAGCCACGGGUCACCCGCCCUCUGGCCUGUAAGCUGGGACCGAUAAUGCUGCCCUCUGUGUGCUGUGGGCUCCUGGAACAGAGAUGGGCCCCAUACUGUGUCUCCAUCCAUAGGUUCCAGUGGGGUGCUGGCACUAGUAGGUCUGUGUGCAGCCUGCACACCCCGGGUGAGCUUCUGGGCGCUCAGCACUUGCUGAUCGCGUGAGAUCGGAUGACUAUUGGCCAGGGCCCUGGGAAGAGGGCGUAUCAGCUUCUGCUCUGUAACAAAUCGUCUCAGGCCAGUGACUUCAAACAACUGCGUUUCACAGCGUCUGAAGUCUAGGGGUGCCGGCAGCCAGGCAGUGCUGCUUCUCUGGGCUUGCUGUCCUGCAUCUGGGGUCAGCAAGUGAGUUGGCUGGGGGCUUGCUGUUCUAGGGUGGUCUCCACUGGGGUGGCACAGGCCCCCUUUGUUCUCUCACCUUCCAGAAGGCCGGCCCUGGCUCACCUUCCUGCUGCCGCCACAGGCCAAGAGAACAGGCAGAAGCCCACACCUCCCUCGGGGCCUGAGAUCAGAACUGGCAUGGUGUCACAUCUGUCACUUUUUUUCUUUUUCUUUUGAGACACAGAGUGAGCACGAGCAGGGGAGGGGCAGAGGGAGAUCCCCAAGCAGACUCCUCGCCCAGCGCAGAGCCCCCCACGGGGCUCGAUCCCACAACCAUGAGAUCAUGACCUGGGCUGAAAUUAAGGGUCGGACGCUUAGCCAACUGAGCCCCCAGGCGCCUCACUUGUGUCACCUCCUAUUGGCCAACGCAAGUCAUGAGACAGGCUCAGAUUCGAGGAUGGGCUCCAGGCUUCACCUCUUGACAGGAGUUUCUACAAAGCGCACGGGUGGUUCGGAGGGGGGGUGGGGAAUUGGGGUUUGCAGUUGCUCUUCCACAGCGGGGGCCCCAGAACACUUGCCCUGUGGGGCCAGGCUCCGGGAGGGUGGGAGGCUGGGCCUUGGUGCCCAGGGAGUUACUGAGCUGCCUAGGAUGGGCCUUCAGCAGGCCAGUGGGGACGAUGGUCCGGUCUCAGGCCACGGCCCGUGAGCCCUUGGUGAGCCAGGCCCCUGCCUGAGGCAGCCAGCAUGGAAGGUUUGUCGAAUGACUGAAUGACCUAAGUCAGCUCUGGUAGCAUGUUCCAAGAGGAAGUCCCGAACCUCCUUCUCAGGGUGCAAGCCUCACUCGGGACGGAGGCUCACGGGAGCACACCCUCCGUGCCUGCCUGGAGCCCGAGGGCGGAGACCUCGAGCCUCGUCCCCUCCACGGAGACUGUCUUCGCUGCACUUGUCUGUUCCCGGCAGAGCCGAGAUGUGUCGCCAUGGAAACUGCUUGGCAAACACGCCGGCAGGCAGAGGCAGAGGCGGCCAACAGCAGCCCGGGCGCCUGUUGCAGUGAGGGUGGCGGGGAUGGCAGGAGCGAGCACGCACGCCUGGCUCUGUGUGUGUGACCCGUGGGUGGCGGGGGGGAGCCAGGGCUCCGGGCAGCGGGCGGGGAGGGCCCUGGGCCCCGGCGGGCACCGUGCGUAUGUGCGAAUGGAGGCGGGUGUGUCCACGUGGGGGUGCUCGGGGUACUAGGCACGGGCGGGGUGUGUGCAGGGACGGGGUUUCCACACUGCCGUGUGCGUGGCAUCACAGCCACCCUGGCCGGGCGCUUGCUAGGAGCUGAACAUCGCGCUGGACACUGACGGGAGCGAGACAGAGGUGGCCGCAGCUCCCCAGCUCGUAGCAUCUUUCCGGGCGGAAGACAGCCACUGCCCAGGGUGCUGCCAGGCCUGGAGGCGUCCGAGCCACCCCCUGCAGUCACCGAGGAGGCCCGACACCGGGAGGGGCCCUUGGCUCAGCGUCCGGCUGUGGGGAGCCUUCGGCGGUUCUGAUCGGCCCGCAGGAAGGCUCCGGAAGAGAUCGUGGCUGUCCCCUGUGGGGUUCAUGGGCAACAGCAGGGGCUCCCCGGAGCGGCCGGGCCCGCCAUGCUGCAGUGCAGGCCGGCCCAGGAGUUCAGCUUCGGCCCGCGGGCCCUGAAGGAGGCGCUGGUGUCCAGCGACCCCACCCUGCGGCGUCUCUACGCGUCUGCCUUCACCCCUGCGGAGAGGCUGUUCCUGUCCGAGGCCUACAACCCCCAGAGGACCCUCUUCUGCACGCUGCUCAUCCACACGGCCUUCGACUGGCUCCUCAGCCGUCCCGAGGCCCCCGAGGACUUCCAGACCUUCCACGCCUCCCUGCCGCCCCGGAGGCAGAGCCCUGCCCGGAAGCACAUCUACCUGCAGCCCAUCGAUCUGAGCGAGGGCCCGGCGGGUGGCGCUCUGCUGGAGUACCUGCGCGACUGCACGGAGGCCUUCUUCCUGGGCUUGCAGGUCCGGUGCCUGCCCUCGGUGGCGGCCGCGUCCAUACACUGCUCCUCACGUCCCAGCCAGGACUCCGACAGGCUCCAGCUCCACACGGACGGGAUCCUGUCUUUCCUGAAGAGCAGCAAGCCGGGCGACGCGCUGUGCGUGCUGGGCCUCACGCUGUCUGACCUGUACCCCUGCGAGGCCUGGAGCUUCACGUUUGGCAAGUUCCUGCCAGGGCACGGUCACCUGCCACGAGCUCUGUCACCUGCUGGGCCUGGGGAGCUGCCGCUGGCUGGGCUGCAUCAUGCAGGGGGCGCUCAGCCUGGAGGAGGCCCUGCGGCGGCCCCUGGACCUCUGUCCCAUAUGUCUGCGGAAGCUGCAGCACGUCCUGGGCUUCAAGCUCAUCGACAGGUACAAGAGACUUUACGCCUGGACUCGAGCCGGGUCGCGGCCCGACGCGGAUGCAGGGGCGCCGUCCGCCUCGGACGAGACGCCGCCCUGCAGUGCCGACUCGGGCCUGAGCUGCGACAGCGGGUCGGAGCCCCUGACCCCCGACACGUGGAGCCACAGCUUCUCCGCGGGCCCCCAGCCGGAGCCCGAGGAGGGGCUGGGCUCCCCGGCCGCCCCGGACAGCGCGCCUGGGUGCGGCCCCGCCGUGGACGCCAUCAGGGAGCACGGCCGGUGGCUGGAGCGCUGCAUCCGGGCCCUGGAGCGGGAGGUGACGGAGGAGGAGCUGGCGCAGGUGGACGGCGCCGUGGAGGCCCUGGCGGGGUGGGAGAUGUUCACGGGGCGGCUCCCGGCCCCCAGGCAGGACCCGCCCUGCGGCCGAGACGGCCCGGGGCUGCGCCGGGUCCUGGGCGACACGUUCUCCUCCCUGAGGAGGAAGCUGAGCACGCGCAAGCUGUCCAAGGCGGGCUGGUCCCCCGGCCGCUGGCGGGAGGAGGGGAAUUAGACGGGGGCCCACCUCCCGGCGCUGUCGCCCGGAGGGGAACAUCACGUGGGGCCCUGCGUCCUGCCCCCUCACCCCGGCCCCUGCGGAGGGUCCUCGGGCCCAGCCUGGAUGGCGGCUUCCUGGGCCUGGGGCCCAACCCGUGUGCCCAUCUCCGCCCCCCCACCCCCAGAGCGGGGCCUUCUCACACUCACGGCUUUCCUGUCCUCAGGCCUUCACGCUGUGUCCCCGACACCACCUCUGCCUGCUGUCACCCUUGGUGUUCUGACAAAAGGGGCCUGUGGUGUUGACAACUCGUUCUAACAAGUGUUGAGGCCGUGGGGGGGCCGGCUGCCCCGGGGGGUCAACUGUCCCCGUUUACUUCUGUCAAACUUUGCUUCCCGCAUCUGAAAUCCUUCCGUGUGUUCCCAUGUUUGCCGGUGCUGGCUUCACUAGCAGGGGGCCCCUGGGCCUGCAACCUGUGGUUGCAACAGCCGAGGAGCAUGGUCACCUGGAAGGAGGCAAGCAAGGGGGUGGCUCUGAAACGUGGGGGGCUAACAAAAACCGUGUAAAAUACGAAACACAAUGCAGGUUGCAGAGUAUUCGCGCCCCCCCCCCCCAGCCCUGCCCCAAGCAAACAGGGUGGAAGGUUCCUUGUAAUUGGACACCAGGCUAGGCUGUGGGAUCCCAGACCCCAAAAGGCCCAGCAUAGAUAUGGCCCCAGGCCUUGGUUGUGGCUUCUGGGAGGCAUCGCUGGGACCUGGAGGGAACUGACAGAAAUCGGGGAGAAGAUGAACAGCCAGGUGGGCAGAGGGGGGCCCAGGACCUGAGGGAGACCAGUCCGGGGCUGUCGCUGUGAGCACGCCCCCCCCCCCCCAACUUUAGUGCCUUCAAGCCCCAACCCUGUGCUUAGAGCUCAGGACUUUGCAGUGGGGACACAGCCUGGGGAAGGCAGGUCCCUGGGCCUGGCUGCGGGGUCUGCCGGGAGGCCCCCAGAGCAUCACCCUCACUGUACCCCAGCUCCUGGGGAGGGGCCCUGGGUCCUACCUUUGAAGGGUGGGGGCAAGGUCCGGACGACCAUGGGGGAUGGGAUCACCUCCUCCGCGUAUGACCUAGCUUCCCCUUCCCUUCCGUCUUCUGCCAAAGGUCUGUCUCCAGACCGAUGGACUCGGGGAGCUGGGGGCCUCAGGGGCUCAGCAUGUGCCAUGGGGGUGACGGCUGAGGGCGGGAACGUGGGGAGAAUAAAACUUGGAGGCACCGAGCCCAGAGAUUCCUUCCUACAUCUAGUACCACUGCAGAGGGGGGUGGAGAGCAUUUGGAGACGGUCCCCAGGGGAGGCGGCUCCGGCGGAGGCCGUAAUGAACGCCAUCUGCUCGUGCAGAGUCGCGGGUCACGAGCCCUGGCGCGGCGGAGCACCUCACCCGAGCUGACCCGCAGGAGCUACACACCAAGCUUCUGAGAAGCCAGGGCCUGGGCUGUUUUUUGUUUUUGUUUUUUUUUUAAAUAAACACACCAAGUGGACCGUA